AUAUCGUUUAAAAUGUAUAUAGAGUUUAAAAAAAAAAAAAAAAAUUGUGACAAGGUAGUGAAAAUAGUAGAGGAUCUUACAGAAAGUGUGUGCAGCUGGAGUCAUGCAGAUAUGGACAGUGAUUACAGAGAGAGAGAGAGAGAUAUGAGAGAUAUGAGACAGAUAUGGUGGGGAAGAGGAAGAAGAAGAAGAAGACUGAAUCAAAUCAAAGGGAAACCCAAAAAGGAUCACGAAAUAUCUGUGACAUUGGAGGAUAUUACUAUCUCCCUCUCUUUCUCUCUCUCAAAUUCCAAAAUCCACCAACCACUUUCUUUUAGCAUUUAUUCUCUCUUUCUCUAUAAAAAACGACCACAUUAAACAUUACUAUACGUAUUCAUUCAUACGUCUCCUGUGAGUUCGUUUUGUUUUAUGUUAUAUAAUAUAUAUGCUUUUUGUCAGACAAAAAACGUUUCCUCUGUUUAGUUUUUGUUCUUUCUUUAUUUUACGCACUUACUUUCUCUACUGCCUUAUCUGCGUGCGUCUAUUGCUUCUGUUUCUCUCCUUGCUGUUACGUUGCUUUUAUGUUUUCUUGUUAUUAUCACUAUUAGGUCUUCUCUUUGAACUCUACUUUGUUGGUCAGCCUUUUUUUACCCUCUCAAAAUCAAAUGGAUGCUAGUUUUCCUUCUUCUUCUUCUUCUUCUUCUUCUUCUUCAAAAGGGUUCACGGAAACUGGUGAACAACCCCAUGUUUUAGCUGUAGAUGACAGUCUCAUCGACCGCAAACUCAUUGAGAAGCUUCUCAAGAAUUCCUCUUGCAAAGUGACUACUGCUGAAAAUGGGCCAAGAGCAUUGGAGGUUUUGGGCUUGGGAGAUCAUCAACACAAUAAGUUGGAAAGCAAUGCUUCAAAGGUGAAUAUGAUCAUUACAGAUUACUGUAUGCCAGGAAUGACAGGCUAUGAGCUGCUUAAGAAAAUCAAGGAAUCAUCAAACUUGAGGGAGGUUCCAGUGGUGAUUAUGUCAUCUGAGAAUGUUCCAACUCGUAUCAACAAGUGCUUGGAGGAAGGAGCUCAGAUGUUCAUUUUAAAGCCUCUGAACCAAUCGGACAUAAAGAGAUUGAGAUGUCAUUUGAUGAAUUGCAGGAGCUAAAAAUCAUUGUACAUCUUUCCCAUGAGGCAGCAAAAUCUGUCAUCAGCUGCUAGUUAAAUUUUGUUUUGGCUUAGAUAUAAUCUAAUUAGUCUCCACCUUCAUAUUUUUGUAUGAAGCAGAUUAGUUUUUGAAUUUAACAAUAUAUAUAUAUAUAUAUUUUUGUCUGGUGGCCUUCAGAAAUUUUGCAGCAUUUCUAUUUUGGUCUUAUUAGAGUAGCAAUUUCUUUCAAGUCAUUGAAUUUGCUGAUAUUAUAAUCGCAAACUCCCAUCGUGGACUUCUCAUUCCAUAUAUCCUUUCUGCUCUUGCAUCGAAACUUAAUGGAAACCAGUAAACCAUUUGAUUAUUCAAAGAUUACUCAUAAUCAUGAACCAAAUUCUCAUAAUCAAUCAGAUCAAAUCAAAUAU